AUGGCGAUUGCAAGCGCUCCUCCAAUUCUAGAUUUCUCUGCAUACUACGGUGAUGACGAGAUUGCAAGAGCAAAACUAGUAGAAGAAGUGCGAAAAUGCUGUCUAUACAAUGGGUUCUUUCAAAUCAAAGGCCACUCAGUUCCAUUGGAAUUGCAGCGCCGCGUAAUGAAGUGCGCCAAACGUUUCUUUGAUCUACCUGUGGAGGAGAAAUUACAGAUUGAUAAAAAUCUUAAUACCUUCAAUCGAGGUUACGAACUUCUCCGCUCGCAGAUGCUUGAAGCUGGAACCGGGCCCGAGCUCAAAGAAGGCCUGUAUAUCGGUGAAGAAAUUCCAGAAGAUCAUCCCUACUACGUCCAGAAGAAGUUGAAUAGUGGUCCAAACCAAUGGCCUCAGACCAUCGCCGACAAGGAAGAGUUUCAAAAAACAACGAUGGAAUACUAUCACGCAGUGUAUGAAUUGGCAAAGGAUGUACUGUCUGUAAUUGCUCUGACACUAGGAGUGGAUUCAUCGUUCUUCAAACCUCUUACGGAUGAGGCAGUUGCUACUAUGCGCUAUUUACACUAUCCUGCUCAGCCGAAGGACCAGGAUGAAAAGCUCAAUCGUGGAAUAGGGGCCCACACGGAUUUCGGGUGUGUCACUCUUCUUCUUCAGGAUGAAGUAGAUGGUCUGCAGGUUCUGGACGCGCCCUCUGGGCAAUGGUUAGAUGUUCAACCCGUUGAAGGAGCCUACGUAGUAAAUCUAGGCGACUUAUUUAUGCGUAUGGCCAACGAUACAUACAAGUCAAACAUUCACCGAGUUAUCAAUAAGUCCGGCCGCGAGAGAUAUUCAAUUCCGUUCUUUUUCAGCGGAAACCCGGACUACCUUUGCGAGUGUCUACCAAAUUGUCGCGCUCCAGGGGAAGCAGCAAAGUAUGCCCCGAUUACAGUUCAAGAUAUGGUCACAGGUGCAUACAAAGCAAGCUAUGGUCGAGCGGAGCAGUACAAAAAGGAGAUGGAGAAAAAGAAUAUGGCUUCCAGCUCAAUUACAGCAUAA